GCCGCGAAGCGGAGCCGCCGCCGCCGCAGCAGCGCCGGUCGCGGGGCGCGCUCGCCGCCCGUCGCGGGAGCUGCAUGUGCGCGGGAGCCGCGGCGGAGGAUGGCCGUGCUCAAGCUCGCCGACCAGCCUCCACUGGUCCAGGCCAUUUUCAGUGGUGAUCCAGAAGAGAUACGGAUGCUGAUCUACAAAACUGAGGAUGUCAACGCCUUGGAUGCUGAGAAAAGAACACCUCUUCACGUUGCAUCAUUCCUGGGGGAUGCAGACAUCAUUGAGCUUCUCAUUUUGUCAGGCGCUCGUGUCAAUGCCAAGGACAAUAUGUGGCUGACUCCUCUCCAUCGAGCAGUUGCUUCAAGAAGUGAAGAAGCCGUGCAGGUGCUCAUCAAGCACUCGGCCGACGUCAACGCCCGGGACAAGAACUGGCAGACGCCGCUGCACGUGGCCGCCGCCAACAAGGCCGUGAAGUGCGCGGAGAUCCUGAUCCCCCUGCUGAGCAGCGUCAACGUGUCGGACCGCGGCGGGCGCACGGCGCUGCACCACGCCGCACUCAACGGCCACAUCGAGAUGGUGAACUUGCUCUUAGCCAAGGGGGCAAACAUCAAUGCUUUUGACAAAAAGGACAGAAGAGCUCUUCACUGGGCAGCGUACAUGGGUCACCUGGAAGUUGUUGCCUUACUGAUUAAUCACGGUGCAGAAGUGACUUGUAAGGACAAGAAGGGUUACACCCCACUUCAUGCAGCUGCAUCCAAUGGGCAGAUUAACAUUGUGAAACAACUCCUUAACCUGGGGGUGGAGAUUGAUGAGAUGAACAUCUAUGGAAAUACUGCACUCCACAUUGCCUGUUACAACGGUCAGGACUCUGUUGUUAAUGAGCUGAUUGACUAUGGUGCUAAUGUAAAUCAGCCUAAUAACAAUGGAUUCACCCCCUUGCAUUUUGCUGCUGCCUCCACUCAUGGAGCUCUGUGUCUUGAACUGCUAGUGAAUAAUGGGGCAGAUGUAAAUAUUCAGAGCAAGGAUGGGAAGAGCCCCCUGCACAUGACAGCUGUCCACGGGAGGUUCACGCGCUCGCAGACCCUCAUCCAGAACGGAGGGGAAAUCGACUGUGUAGAUAAGGAUGGUAACACCCCUCUGCACGUGGCUGCAAGAUACGGACAUGAGCUUUUGAUCAACACCCUCAUAACCAGCGGAGCCGAUACUGCCAAGUGUGGGAUCCACAACAUGUUCCCUUUGCACUUAGCAGCACUGAAUGCCCACUCAGACUGCUGCAGGAAAUUGUUGUCAUCGGGCUUUGACAUAGACACCCCCGACAGCUUCGGGAGAACGUGCCUGCACGCGGCCGCCGCCGGAGGUAAUGUAGAAUGUAUAAAACUCUUGCAAAGCAGUGGAGCAGAUUUUAAUAAGAAGGACAAAUGUGGAAGGACACCUUUGCACUAUGCAGCUGCAAAUUGUCAUUUCCACUGCAUUGAGACCCUGGUGACAACAGGAGCCAAUAUCAAUGAGACAGACGACUGGGGACGCACCCCUCUGCACUACGCUGCUGCUUCUGACAUGGACCGAAAAAGAAAGAAUAUUUUAGGUAACUCCCAUGAAAAUGCUGAAGAACUUGAAAGAGCCACUGAGAUGAAGGAAAAAGAAGCUGCAUUGUGUCUCGAGUUCCUCCUGCAGAACGAUGCCAACCCCUCCAUCCAGGACAAGGAGGGCUACAACACCGUGCAUUACGCGGCUGCCUACGGGCACCGGCAGUGCCUGGAGCUGCUUCUGGAAAAAACCAACAAUAUAUUUGAGGAAUCUGAUUCUGCAGCUACAAAAAGUCCUUUGCAUUUAGCUGCCUACAAUGGUCAUCAUCAAGCUCUGGAGGUACUUCUGCAAUCCCUGGUGGACCUGGACAUUAGGGAUGACAAGGGACGCACUGCUCUGGACUUGGCUGCCUUCAGAGGACAUGCAGAGUGUGUGGAAGCUCUCAUCAGCCAGGGUGCUUCUGUCACUGUAAAGGACAAUGUCACCAAAAGGACCCCCCUCCAUGCCUCAGUCAUUAAUGGCCAUACCCCUUGUUUACGGUUGUUGCUGGAAGUUGCAGACAACCCUGAUGUGACAGACGCCAAAGGACAAACUCCAUUAAUGCUUGCAGUGGCAUAUGGGCACAUUGAUGCUGUUUCUUUAUUACUUGAAAAAGAAGCAUCUGUAGAUGCAGCUGAUCUCCUGGGAUGCACAGCUUUACAUCGAGGGAUCAUGACUGGGCACGAAGAAUGUGUUCAGAUGCUGUUAGAGAAAGAAGUGUCCAUUCUGUGUAAAGAUGCCAGAGGCAGGACCCCUCUGCACUUCGCAGCAGCUCGGGGUCACGCCACGUGGCUGAGCGAGUUACUGCAGGUGGCUCUUGCCGAGGAGGACUGCAGCCUGAAGGACAACCAGGGCUACACGCCCCUGCACUGGGCUUCCUACAAUGGUCAUGAAAACUGCAUAGAGGUACUCUUGGAACAAAAACUUUUCCACAAGUUCUAUGGUAAUAGCUUCUCUCCAUUGCACUGUGCCGUAAUCAAUGAUCAUGAAAACUGUGCAUCACUGCUCAUCGGAGCCAUCGACGCCAGCAUUGUCAACUGUGAGGAUGACAAAGGAAGGACGCCCCUGCACGCCGCAGCCUUCGCGGACCACGUGGAGUGCCUGCAGCUGCUGCUGAGCCACAGCGCGCGGGUGAACGCGGCCGACGGCGCGGGAAGGACGCCGCUCAUGAUGGCAGCGCACGGCGGGCACGUGGGCGCCGUCGACUUUUUGGUGAACAUUGCCAAGGCUGACCUGACAUUAAAAGACAAGGAGUUGAAUACAUCUUUGCACUUGGCUAGCAGUAAAGGUCAUGAAAAAUGUGCCUUGUUAAUACUUGACAAGAUCCAAGAACAGAGCCUUAUUAAUGCAAAAAAUAAUGCAUUGCAGACACCUCUUCAUAUUGCUGCACGGAAUGGCCUGAAGAUGGUGGUUGAAGAGUUGCUGGCCAAAGGGGCCUGUGUCCUGGCAGUAGAUGAAAAUGGUCAUACGCCAGCCCUGGCUUGUGCUCCUAACAAAGACGUGGCUGACUGCCUGGCACUCAUUUUGGCUACCAUGAUGCCUUUUUCUCCCUCCAGUUCAGUGACGGCUUUCAACUUCGCUUGUUUUAAAAAAGACAAUUUGGGCAGGACGCACCUCUGCGAUGGCUCCGCUAUGGGCAGCACUAACUCUUAUGAUAAGCCCUUGAGUAAUAACAUAGGAACAGAGGAUGGGUACAAUGAAAAUGAUUCGGAUUCUGAAACAUUUUGACUCAUUGGUAUUCCAAAACUUUUUUCGUUAUUGUUUCUUUUCGGCUUUAAUUUUUGUCUUUUUAAACAGCUUAAAUCCCACACUUAUAUUCUUAACUUUUAUUCUUGACAAGUAGGUAUUGAAAGAUUUGUAGUGCCGGUGAGAAUCGAGCCUUUUAAAUAAUAAAAUUAGAGGGAUUUACUGGAACACAUUCCUAUUAGAGUUCUGCAGCUUUUCAGUUUCCUGAUGUUUUCUUUAGGCCCAAAGUGCCCCUGUGGAAAGUCUCUACCUCUUAUUUUAAGUAGAAAAAGAGAAAAUGCCUUUUUUUCUUUUUGACAGCACAAGUGAACAGGGAACUGUUUGUAAAGAGUUCUUUCGUGUUUUAGCUGCACCUUUAGUGCACAAUCCUAUUUCCAGCACAGCCUUCACAGAUUUGAGCAUCACCCCUUUCCUAUGUUUGUCUGUUUCCUGCUUCCAGGGGCUCUGUUAAUUAGAUAAUUUUUUUACAUGAACCAAAGGUAAAGUUGUAAUCUUAAAACUUUUCUACAGGAAAUGAAACCUUUUACAUUCUGCCUGUAUUAAGCACUUAAACGUACAGAAGGCACUUUUUACAGUUCUUAGUUGCAGUACACAAUUAGAGAAAUGUAGUUGUUAACUCUAAAGGCCAAAUUCUGCUCAUCUCAUAUUUUCCCAUGAACAUCACUUCUGUAAAAUGCUAAUCACUUGGCCCUUAUUUUUUUUUUUCAAUUCAGCACAAAUGUUUAUUUGCACUACAGAAUUAGGGUCAUUAGAUGUUUCUGUCACCUGAGCCAUUAAUCAUGCAUCCAGUACCAGUAAAAAAAGGGGAGAAGGGGAGAAAUCAUGUGUAGACAAAGGUGUAUGUAAAAGUUUCUAAUGAUUUGCCAACUUAAAUGGCGCUUUUUUUCCUUUUCUGUGGUUAAAUAAUUUAUUUUUCCUGUAAGCAGUAUUGAAUUUUAAAAUACUUUUGCCAGUGUUUGGAUUAACAGAGCAAAGGUAAAGCAAUGAAAGCCUAACACCAAAAGUUGAAAUACCAAACGCCAGAAACAGCCGUGUACCAUGUAGGGGACCAGAGAUAGAAGCUAAAAAGCCUUUUGUCACCAGCUUUUAAAGCAGUGUCAACUUUGUGAAUAUGUUUACUCCUUCUGCCAAAGUUUCUAGGUCAAAUGGACCCCGGCCCUCCUCUGCAACAGAUGUACAAAAGGAAGAAUGAGACUUUGUAAACAAAAACAAAAAACACAAACAAAAAACUAUCAUGAACUAACCAGCCGUACCAAGAGGACCAAAAUGCUUCAGUAAUUCAGUUGAAGACUUUGCUACUUUUAUUUUUUUGUUCAAAUGUGAGUGACAUAAUGAAGUAGUUUUUUCUAAAUGAUAAAAAUAUAAACUUUUGAGGUAAAAAUAGUCUUGGGUGAAUUUUACAUUUUAUGACACAGGUUUCAAGUUGACAUUUUUAACUGAUGAUGUGUUGACCACAGGUGGGGUUUUUUCCCCAGACUUAAGAAUAUGUUCAUAUACUUUUAAUGUAAAUGUGUUUCUAUUUAUUUGAGAUGAAACAAAUGCCCAGGAAAAAAAAUCACUAUGGCUUGUUCUCCUAGUUAGCAUUCAUGCAUACUGAAAUGAAAUGUGAAUCUGGCAAGACUGAGGGCCUGAGGAGCAAAAAGGAAGGGUUGGAUGCACACUGGGGGAGUGCCCAUCUUGCAUGGAAUGCAGAGGUCCACUGUCUGUGCUGGGAAAAAGCAGAAAGUAAAACACCUGCCUUUGUUUAAGAGCUGAAGAAGGAUCCAGCCCCUUGCCAGACAGGUGAGAAAACCCACACAGCUGUGGCAGAGCAAGGAGUCAGGUGUUCCUGUUCCUGUCAUUCACACUCAGCUGCUCUCAGGCCUGUGUCUGUGCUGGGAGGAUGAGAUGAGCUUCCUCCGUGCUCGCUUUUGGCAGAGUAAAGGAAAAGUAAGGAUUUGAAUUUUAGUUGCAGUUUUUAGCCCUGUUCUGCUGGGUUGUUGAAAAUCUAUUGGCAGAUUUCAGUUCUUUUAUUACUAAAAAAAAAAUUUGAUAUAUUAAGUUUAUUUUGCCUUACUAAAAUUUUGUAUUUUUUCCUUGAUCCAAAGUUUAUAACAGAAAAAAACCCCCUUUUCUCUCAACUCUGUAGUUUGUACAGUAGAAUGACAGAGAACCUGCAACCUUGGUUUUCUCCUCAGAAAUAGCACCAAAUAACAUUUUAAUUGGUUUUUCUCAGCAUUUUUGCUUUUAAAAGUUCCAGAAUAGCAAUAACCACCUUACUGAAAAGACUGAAAAUAAGAGGAGAGAGCAAUUGUUAAAAUUUUCAGUGGUGCUGUUCCAAGAUGAAUAGUAAUCCCAAAUUUGGGGGUUUUUAUGUAGAAGGAUGGCAUUGAAAACAAACAUAUGGGAAGUAGCUGCCACCUGUCUAACAGCAGAAUCAGCAUUUUAAUCUUAUUUUAAGCAGAAAUGUAGGCAGGCUCCUUGGCAGGAUUAGUUGUAAGUCUCACCCUGAAAUACAGAAAAUUACGUUACCCUACAUGACAGUGCUUCAUUAAGAGAAAACCAGCCCUCUUUAUAAAAAGUUGUUAUAGUAUUUUAAGCAGCCAUUUAAAAAGUCUCAGUAUUUUUACCUGCUGCCCAUACAGUUACCAAAACUUUUUCUAAUUGCGAUACCUCGUAACGCUGGUAAUUGUGGAGUGCAACAGCUGCUGCCUCUCAGUGCAUCCCAGAAGCAGAGGUGAUUUAUUUCUGAGUCACGCUGCUCCUUCCAGGAGCCAUUCCAACCUUUAACCAUGAAACCCCAGGAUGCUGCCAGGAUGCAGCACUCCAAAAAGCACAGCAACACGGGCUGUGCUCACCUCCAGGGCACUGCACAGGCCGUGUUUUGAGGGCGCUGGAUUUAGGAGGAAAACUGCCAGGAGCGAGACACUCGGAAGUGCUCAGUGUUGGCCUCUCCCACACCUCAUGUGAGUUACCAGAAUCCCUUUUUUUUUGUAUGCUAGCAUAUUAACCUGUAAUUUAUCCCAUGUAGAAAUCAAUGUGUAGUUUAGGGCAGGUAUGUAAGCAUGCGAGUAAUGUUACUCUUGUAAAUAAUCUCCUUGCCUUUCUGUGGACUCCUUACAAGAGUAAUCAUACAGAAUCGUUGCACUUAACCCUGGAUCCUGCAACUUCACACCCGUGGGCAGCUUCUGUGUCUGCCCCCAGCAGAGGGCACCUGGCGAGGGGCAGCUCCCCGCCCAGGCGUGGUGGCAGGAUCGUUUCAUCCUGUAUUUUAAGCACAGCUGCAGGUGGAAUCCAGAGCAGGACGGGCUGCCAAGUGUCUCUCACCAAUAGUGAGUUACAACCUCCGGACUGCCUGAAAUAGCUGUGAAAUAGCUCAGGGGAUUUCUGUUCAUCGCUACUAAAAGGGCACCAUAAUGUGUUUGGUACUUUUAUGCAGUCACCAACUGCCAGGUUAUUGAAUUAGAACAAACACAUGAAAUGAAUUGUUUAUCCAUUGUACUGUUGAGAAACUUGGUUAUGUAUUUGAGGAUGAUUUAAAAAAAAAUUGUGAUUUUUAUUCUUAGUCAUGUAAGAAAUAUUAGAGUGCCUUUUUAUAUUUGUGUAUAAUGGAAAUGUUUUGUGAAACUUGUCUUUUUUUUUUUUUCAUUUGAGUGUUAUAAAAGCAAUAUAUUACCAGUAAAUUUUCAUUUCAGACCUUCUUUGAAUGUACAAAGUGUUUCUUCUUUUCAUAUGUUCUACCUGCAUUGAAAUGAAAAUUAAUAUGCUAAAUUUCUAUAGGAAUAAUGUAUAAUUUUCGCAGUGCUGAAAAUGCUUUCUUAUUACACAAAAAGUAAACUUAGGUCAGUGUUAUAGGAAAGGGCGUUUUAAACUAGUGACAAUCUUGAGUGUGUGUAUAAAAUGUAAUUUUAUGCAUUUCUUAUGCAGUGAUCUACAUAUUAAAGCCAAUAUCUUAUGUUUUGUAGGUUUUGUCUUAUACUUUAUGCUUUAGCAUGUGCAAUAUAUCUUUACAAACCAUGGUGAUACGCAUCUGGUGCCAGUGUUAUAUUUUGCAGAACAUUUGUAAUAAACUAUAUAAAACAUUGUUUGAUGGUUUCGGUGGGGUUUUUGUCGGUAUUGUUUGCUUUUGUAAAUUGAAGUUUAAGGACUUGGGUAAAUGUCACAUAUGAAAUGAGGAAAAAAAGCUUAAUUCAUUGAAUGACUUGGAAUUCAACCCGAAUCUUCUCAAGCACAGUUUAGUAACUUUUUAAACUACUGAAUGCUGUAUUAAUGUAAUAAAGGACCCUAACUGUAAACUACUAUUGCAAUGCAUUCAGAUGGUUAUUUUUACAAAUAAAAAUGGUACAAAUACAGUAGAAAA